UGAGAACAGUCGAAUGAAUAAUAUUCAAUAAGAAAAAAAACACCUAUUUUGUUUAUUUUUUAAUGUAAUUGUUCUAAUUAAAAGUUCAUAAAUGCAAACAGCUAAUUAUUUAACAGAUAUUUCAUAUAAACUAUCAGAAUUAGACUGUAAUUUAUCUACUUUAUCAUCAUCAUCAACAAUAACAGACAAAUUGAAUUCAUCAUCUUCAUCAUCAUUUUUAAUUACAGAUAUUUUAGCUUCAAAUGAUUCUAUUAAUGAAACUGUACAUUUAACAAAUGAGAAUUCAUCUACUGAUGAAUUGAUUUUAGUACAGAAACAAAAUCAACAACAAAAUGAUAAUGAAGAUUUUAAACGGUUUCAGUAUGAUAAAAAUAUAUCAAUGAAAACAUUUACCGAUUAUCAUAAUGAUAAUAAUAAUAAUCUUCACACUAAUAUUGAUAAUAUUCAUAUAUGGCAAUUGUUAUUUGAAUCAUUAUUUACUAAUUCAUCAUUAAAUACAGAACAAUUAGAAUCAUUAUUAUCAUUCACACGUAUAUCACAAAAUGAUUGUUCUAAUAUAUUUCAAGAGAAACUACAAACAAGUCAUCCAUAUGAAGAAAUAUUUCAAUAUUUACCAUUGGAAGAAUUAUCACAACAAUCUCAAGAAAUAAAUGAAAAUAAUGGACUUAAAUCAACUAUCGAUUCAAAUAAUAUUCAUUCAUUAAAACAAUUAUCUUAUAAAAUUUGGCGGUUAUUUCAAGAAACAUCAAUAAAUAAUAAUAAUAAUAAUAAUAACGAGAAUAUUAAAGAAAUAGAGAAUCAUUCUAUAACAAGUUACAAUGAACAACAGUUGAAUAAUCAGCACAAAGUUCCAUUAUUCUGGACAAAAUCAUAUGAACAAUAUUUCCGCCAUACAAUGAAUCAUUUAAAACAAACGGAAUAUUCAAUCUCCAAUACUGAUAAUAAUAAUAAUACUAUUAAUAGUAAUGGUAAUAAUAACGAGAAUAGCACUGAUAAUAUCCACCCUAAAAAUAAGAUUCAGAAAAAAGAAGAAAAACAAGAAAAUCAUUGUAGUCAAGGGAAAGAUUUUAAAAAAUUAUCAAAUUUUGAUAAUGUAAAUACAAAAAUUGAUAAAAUAAAAACUUGUCAAUUAUGGUUUAAUUCUAUGAAUAAUUUAAAUAUACGACAAAAAUUAUAUAAUUUAUAUAAAACUAAUUACAUAAUGAAAAAUUAUUGUCCAAAUAUGGAAACUUUGAAAAUGAAUGAAGAUUAUUCAUUGAAUAAUAACAAUAUUGUAAAUAAUAAUAAUAGUAAUGGUAGUAGUAGUGAUAGUAAUGGUAGUAUGAAUAACAAUAAUAAUAAUAAUAAUAAUGAUACUAUUAAUAAUGAUCCGAAUAAUAUCAAUAAUCUAUCUAUACCUUCAAAUUCUGCAUUAGAUGCUUUAAUUCAUAUGACCACAUCUACAAUGCAACAAUUAAAACAUGAUGGUGAUUUCUCAGAUGAAUUAAAUGAAACAUCAACAAUACAAUUUUAUAAUAAAGUAUCACAACAACGUAAACGUCGUAAAACCCGUACAACAUUUUCUAAUUGUCAAUUAAAUGAAUUAGAAAAUAAUUUUAAUCGUCAACGUUAUUUAACUCCAACUGAUCGUGAUCGAAUUGCUAAACAUUUAGGAUUAACUAAUACACAGGUUAUUACAUGGUUUCAAAAUCGUCGAGCUAAAUUAAAAAGAGAAGCUGAAGAACUUGAACGUGAUGUAAUGGCUUUAAGAAAACAAAAACAACAAAAAUUUACUUGUCUUUCAUUAUCUGAUCAUGAUCAUGAAGAAACACAAAUUGAUGAUGAAAAUGAACAAGGAGACAAAAACAACGACGACGAUGACGACGAUAACGACGUCGACGAGGACGACGGUGAAGAACAAGAAAAAAAUCAUACAAAAUAUUUAACACAACCCCCUUCAAUAUCAAAUAUUCUACCGUCUUCAUUAAAACAUUUCCCAUCUUCAACAUUGAAUACAUUAGAAAUAGAUAAUAAACAUGAAACAUUAAAUAUGAAUCUAUUUAUCAAUUCAUUCACGAAUGAGAAAUGUUUAAAAAGGAAUAAAGAUUUAAUUGGACAACAAUGUUACUUAUUCAAUCAUCAUAUAAACAAUCAUUGUACUGUUAAUAAUAAUAAUAAUAAUAAUAAUAAUAAUAAUAAUAAUAAUAAUAAUAAUAAUAAUAAUAGAAAGAACACUAUGGAUGGAAUGAAUAAAGGGAGACCUAUUAGGAAGGGUAAUAAAAUUUGGUGCCCAGCUUUAGAAUUAGAACAAGAAAUUCAUUGAAAAAAAGUGUUAUUUGUUCCCGUUUUCUUUUGGAUUUGUUUUUCUUUUUUUUAUUAUCUAAUUCUCUCUUUUUUAUUAUUGAAAUAUUGAAUUAUCAACUUAUUCAGAUAAACAAUUAUUUGU